UGAUUUUAUGUUUUUUCAGAAAGGGGUUGAUAAUUAUGGCGUGUGACGUGUGAAGUCCUGUUUAAUUUUUUUGGAAAUUCCGGUUCCCUGUGAAGUGUUUUUUGCGACAGAAUGCCGUUCUUGCGCGGACCUGGUCCGUUGCGGCGGACCUUGAAGUAUUUGGAAGCUGGGAAAUUCCAUCUUCGCAAUCAAAUCAAGGUCAUGACCGUGGCCUACAACACUGAGCUGAAAUCUCAUGAGCAGAUGAGGGAGUUCGUCUUCUGGAGCUUUCCGCAGUUGCAGUUCAAGAAUCCGGAUGUUCAAAUAGUGUCGUUGACGAAUUUGACUCCUACUCCAUUCAUACAGUGUUUCCUUGAAUCAGGGAAAAAAGUUCUGCUUGAUCUCGACGGUUUGACCGCCCAAGAAAUCCAAGAUCGGCUCCUUAGGACUGUCUGUAAACCGAAGGAAAUUUUGGAUCGAGAGCGAAUCGCGUCGAUCAAAGCUGCCAACCCCGCGAAUUUCGGCGACGAAUUCGAAAGACACUGCAUUUGCGAAUUACCUGGUCAAGUCCCUUGUCCUAGUAUCGUUCUCUUGCCGGAUAAAAUGCGCGGAAAAUUCAAGUACAAGCAGGAUUUUUGAAUUUGAUCGUGUUUUCUACCAGUUUGUCUGUCAGUGUAGGAGCUCGUGCGUGAUGCCUCGGAAUGAAAACUGUUGGGUUCAUAUGAGCGAGU